AUGCUCACCAUAUCCAUCUUUGGCGCGUCCACGUUUGCUAUCAUAGCUGGACAAAUGGAGGACCCAGCAAAGCUUUGGAAGCCAAAACAGCCACCAUUCACCUUACCUACAGUCAGACGAUUUCUCGCGGUAGGAUGGCUUUGUUUUAUUCUCACGAUAGCCAUCGCGGGCUACAGCUCGAGUCUGCUCACCAUUUUACGCCAACAAGCUCAAGAGGCCGAAGACAAGUCCUGGCAUCGAAACUGGGAUAAGAUUGGAAUAGUAGCGUCAGCAAUGAUGCACUUAUUUAUUGUGCUGGCGUUCUUGUUCCUUUCAUUGGGUCUCGUCGCGUACGUGGGGGCACUGGGAUGGGUUGGGGUUGGGUUUUCCAGCCUUGCUGGCGCUUUCGUGAUCGGGCUAUCCAUCUUUCAAUGUCGGUAA